UGGUACAGACUUGCGUAUUCGCGUUCACGACGAGGUUUCACUGCGCAAGCGAGCCUUUUCUCUCCUCUACCGAACCGGACGACGUUAGCUCGUUUUCUCAAACUCACAAAUAAAUUUAAUCUGCAAGUUCAGCAGAUCUCUUCUCGCAAACUCAUCACUUAAGGAUUGAAAUGGCCGCGGUUUCGAUGCAAGAAAAGGUUUGGUCCGAUAAAUCAACUUACGACAGGGCUGAGCGCCUGCACCACGAAAGACUUGCCAAGGUACUACCUGAAGUUAUCAUGGCUGACAGUAGCAACAACCAAAAUUCUUCAGCAACCAAUGAAAUUGAAGCUGUUAAUACUCCAUCCAAUAAUAAAAAAUCUAAAUCCAAAAAAGCAAAAGAGAAUAAAGAUAAUAAAGUUUCAACUCAAGAUAUUUCUUCAACAUCAGAAGUAGCUAAACCCUCUAAGAAUUCUAAAAAAAAUAAAAAAAAAGAAGAAGCAAAGGAAGCUGCAAGUGCCAAAAAUGCUACUGCUGAAAUUACUGAUGCUAAAAAUGAAGAAAUUGAACAAUCUACUCCUAAUGUAGGUAAAAAGAACAAAGCAAAAGAUGCAAAGGAGAAAAAAAAUAUAGCUGAUAAAAAUCAUAGAAUAUUAGAAGACACUAAAAGUAUUGUCCAAGAUGUUAAAGAACCUAUAUCUUGUCAGGAAUUAGAUAUCACAAUGUCUGGAAGUUUAGCUGCUGAAGUUGCCAAGGCACGCCAACACAUCAAGCUGUCCUUGCAAGUUAUGGAUGGCAUUGCAGCUCUUGCUGGUUUGUCUGUCGAAAAAGAAGUCCCAGACAAAGAAGUUUCUGGCAGACUAGUUUCAUUGGAGAAGGAAAAUCAAGAACUUCGUAACAUUGUACAAGACUUGAAAAACAUGGUUGUCACAUUAGACAGCCGUGUGAAGGGAUUGGAAGGUUCCAAACCAGCCCCAGCCCCAGCUGUACAAGUUUGCCCAGCCAAGCCAGCUGCCAAGCCUGCUGCCAAGCCAGCACCGAAGGAGGAUGAUGAUGAUGAAGAUGUAGAUCUGUUUGGUUCUGACUCUGAGGGAGAAAGUGAAGAGGCAGCUAAAAUUAGAGAAGAGCGAUUGGCUGCAUACAAUGCCAAAAAAUCAAAGAAACCUGCUUUGAUUGCCAAAUCUAACAUCAUUUUGGACGUUAAGCCAUGGGAUGAUGAGACUGACAUGAAGGUUUUGGAAGCCGAAGUACGCAAAAUUUCCUGCGAUGGUCUCUUGUGGGGUGCAGCCAAAUUGGUCCCAGUAGCAUUCAACAUCAAGAAAUUGCAAAUUUCUUGCGUCGUAGAAGAUGACAAAGUAUCAGUUGAUUGGUUGACUGAAACUAUUCAGGAAAUCGAAGAUUACGUGCAAAGCGUAGACAUCGCUGCUUUCAACAAAGUUUAAAUAUCGAUCAAUAAAAUAUAAUAAAUAAAAUUAAAAAAGUUCAAAAAAUAAAAUUUUGUUCAAAGAUGGA